AUGGCAAAGCUGUUGAUGCUUGAUUUUCAGUUAGAUUGUCUUGACUACCAGGCUGAGAAUUGGUAUCAUGCCGAUCUUGAUUUUGAAACUUUCAAAUCGCUUCAGCUUGAAAAGGGUGAAAGCUUCUUCACAUUUGCCAGGGACACAACUCUUAGAUCCACUAAAGCUAUAGUGCAACCUACUCCAGUUCAAAACGAUCUUGGCCCCUGGAGAUCCAAACUUCUUUGGGCCUCUCGUGUUGUACCAAUGCCUCUUGUUGGUCUUCUCAUCAUUGGAAGUAUAUGUGCUGAUGUAGGAAGCGAACCUGCAUACCCAGAAUUAGAAGCCUUGUCCAGGCUCGAUUUUAGUGGAGCAAUGAAAGUUUUCCUAGCUAAGAGGCUGACGUCCGAGUUCAUGCAGUUGACGUCAGAUGUGGAGGAGAAAUCUGUCAUUGUAGGCGAGAGAAAUAGAGUUGCUACAAUGGCACUACGCCGAGCCAUUGAAUGUGGGAACAGAAAGAUUGGCAUCUUAUAUGGGGGUGGGCACAUGCCCGACUUGGGGCGCCGUUUACGGGAGGAAUUCAAUCUUGUCCCGUCCGGGGUGCGGUGGAUAACUGCUUGGUCCAUCAAAAAUAAGAACCUCACCACAACUUCUUCUCCUGUUUUUAAAAGCUUGGCGGGCAUGCUGAGGUGGCCAUUGAACCGGUACCAGACCCUUGCGUUGCUCAUCUUUUCUUCGGUGCUCGCGCUUGAUCUUUGGUUUUGGGAAUUGUUUUUUGGUGCUACGAUAAAUUGGAUUUCUAGUGCAGCUUCCGACUUGUUUCGGUUUAUUGACAGCACUCGACUGAUAUGA